CUCCCUUGCCAAAUAAAACCCUAAAUCUGACUGUUGAACUAUAACAAUGUCAGAAAUACCAUUUGAUAAUAUGUAUGGCAUACUAAAGCAUUUACCCGUUAAGUCUCUUCUUCGCUUCAGGUGCUUAUCAAAAGCGUAUCGUUCUUUAAUUGACAGCCGCGAUUUCAUAAACCUUCAUCUCUCUCAAUCUAAAACUACAAACACCAAUCGUGUCCUCAUCACCGCUCAAACAAAUUUAGAGCAGCCUGUCUGGGAUGACGAGAAUGAAAACAAGAAAAGCUAUGCAAUGAAUUUAGAUUGUCCAGAUCACCAGCUAGUGGAAUUUAACCAUCCUCUCUCUGUGAUUUCUGGGAGUUUAAAUCAGAAUUCUUAUUAUGAUGAUCACUUGAGAAAUCCUGUUAUAUUUGGUUCUUGCAAUGGCUUGAUCGCAUUGUACCAUCCUGAUCAAGGCGUCUUACUGUGGAAUCCUUCCACCAAAAAGCAACAAAAGCUGCCUAAUUUUUGGGGACCGGAUCAUAAAAUUCAUAGCUCUGAUAAUCUUCUCGAUGGAUUCGGCUAUGAUCCCGUCAACGACGAUUAUAAGUUGAUCAGGAUCCGGACAGCCAACGACGAGAGGGAAAAAAGAUCCAGAGCUAUGGUUUAUAGCGUAAAACAUGAUUGUUCUCGAAGGAUCCAAGAGUUUCUUUAUGAUGCUAAUUAUAAUCAUAAAAGAGAUUCGGGUACUCUUGUUGGUUCUUGUUUGCACUGGAUUGUUUCAGAACUAGAUUACUAUGAUAAUCUGAUCGUUGCUUUGAAUCUGGAAGAUGAAAGAUUCCGUGCGGUGCCCACGCCUGAUCUAAAGCAUGAUAAUUAUUGGCUUAUAGAAUUAGGGGAAAUAGGAGGAUGCCUUAGUAUGAGCAUGGAUGACAGUCGUGACUUAUUAGUUGAGAUUUGGAUAAUGAAGGAAUAUGGAGUUUGUGAAUCAUGGAGUAAAAUAUUCUCCACAUACAAACCAAAUCUAGGUUUAUAUGAUUAUUUAAGAUCACAUGUAAAGCCAAUAGGGUAUUCAAGAACUGGCGAUAAAAUCUUAAUGGGCGUUAAUAGCGGUAUGUUAUGGGAGUAUAUGACAUAGAACAAGAGGAGGAGGAGGAGGAGGAUCAAACAUCACAGCAAAAUCACAUAUCCAAAUACCGCAGACCGCCCGACAAACGCGUACGGAGAAUUAAGAUAUUAGGAAGUAAUUUCGUCACCUGGGAUUAUUCAUUUAUAUGUUUAAGAAGCCUUGUUUAGGUCAAUAUUUGAUGCUAUUAUGAGCAAUAUAUUCUUAUUUAUUUUGUUGAUGAAAACAUCU